CGUAUUUUUCAUUAUCUGCAGAGUGGUAGAAGUUGAAGUAAAGUUGCAAUGUACGCGAGGAGAAUAAAGUGUAGGAAUCAGAGAUGGGAUUUAGUAUUUGGGCCAUCCAAAUAUUUGAGCAGGCCGGAUAGUGGUAAUUAUCAAUAUUUGAAUUGUAAAAGUUUUUCCCGGAGUAGGUUUAUAGAUGACAAUUCUAUCUCAAGACAUCUACUAGCUUCCUUGGGGGCACGAGGCGACUAUUUUAAUUGCCACGCUAGCUUGGAUGGGGCUUCGAAUUCAUUUUAUAAAAUUGUUCAGUUACGUCGGUAUAGUUCAGAAGGUGAUGGAAGGAAUGCUAGUGAGGGUAAGCAAAUACCUGUAAAAGAUGCAGCCGAUUUUGACAAGGGAAAGGCUAGGCAAGAAUUAGUUAGGGAAGAUGCAAAACAUUGUGAUCUUCAUGCUGAGCUUGGAGUGCAAGAUCAAAAGGAAUGGCUUAAAAGUGAAAAGCUUUCAAUGGAGAGCAAAAGGCGAGAAUCUCCGUUCAUCACUAGACGUGAAAGAUUUAAAAACGAGUUCUUGCGAAGGAUUGUUCCUUGGGAAAAAAUCACUGUUUCGUGGAAUAACUUUCCAUAUUAUUUAAAUCACCACUCAAAAAAUCUAUUGGUGGAAUGUGCUGCUUCUCAUUUGAAGCACAAAAAAUUCACUUCUUCGUAUGGUGCUCGUUUGACAUCCUCAAGUGGCAGAAUACUACUUCAGAGCAUUCCAGGCACUGAGCUCUAUCGUGAGAGGUUAGUUAGAGCACUUGCCCGAGAUCUAAGAGUUCCUUUACUGGUGCUGGACAGCAGUGUUCUCGCUCCUUAUGACUUUGGUGAUGAAUGCUCCUCAGAGUGCGAGUCAGAUGAUGAGAAUGCAGAAUCCGGUGAGGAUUGUGCUUCAGACUCAGAGGAUGAGAAUGAGAAUAGUGCAGCCAACGAGGAGUGGACAAGCAGUGGGGAGUCAAAAUCAGAUUGUAGCGAGAGUGAUGAAGUUGAUGUCGAGGCAACUGCUGAAGCAGCUCUCAAAAAGCUUAUUCCAUACAACGUCGAAGAGUUUGAGAAAAGGGUCAAUGGAGAAUCCGAUGUUUCUCCUGAGCCAUCAAAUUCUGAACCUAGUGAAACUUCUGGAAAAUCACAAAGACCACUAAGGAAAGGCGAUCGAGUGAAGUAUGUUGGGGCUUCUGUACAUGUUGAAUCUGAUAAGAGGAUCACAUUGGGGAAGAUAUCAACAUCUGAAGGUCCAAAAAAUGCUUAUACCAUUAUUCGUGGCAGGCCUUUAUCAAAUGGUCAACGUGGGGAAGUCUAUGAGGUCGAUGGAGAUCGAGUUGCCGUAAUUUUGGAUGUCAAUGAUGUAAAACAAGAUGGAGACAAUGAAGAGAAAUCCUCAGAGUCACCUCCAAAACCUCCAGUUUAUUGGAUACAUGCUAAGGACAUUGAGCAUGAUCUUGAUACUCAGUCCGAAGAUUGUGUUGUUGCAAUGGAGGUUCUAUCUGAGGUUGUUGAUUCAAUGCAACCUAUUAUUGUCUAUUUUCCAGACUCUACUCUAUGGUUAUCUCGGGCAGUUCCGAAGGCCAACCGCAGGGAAUUUAUUCAGAAGAUGGAGGAAAUCUUUGACAAAAUAACCGGCCCUGUGGUUUUGAUUUGUGGGCAGAAUAAAGUUGAAUCUGGCUCAAGGGAGAGAGAAAAAUUCACUAUGAUACUUCCAAACGUUGGACGCAUUGCCAAGUUGCCUCUAUCAUUGAAGCGUCUUGCAGAGGGGCUUAAGGGAACGAAGAGAUCUAAUGAUAGCGAAAUAUAUAAGCUUUUCACUAAUGUUUUGUGUCUACAUCCUCCCAAGGAAGAAGAAGUCCUCCGAACAUUCAAUAAACAACUCGAGGAGGACAGAAGAAUUGUGAUUUCUAGGAGUAAUUUGAAUGAAUUACACAAGGUUCUCGAGGAAAAUGAACUGUCAUGCAUGGAUCUGUUGCAUGUGAUUACUGAUGGAGUAAUAUUGACCAAGAAGAAUGCUGAAAAGGUUGUUGGUUGGGCUAAGAAUCAUUACUUAUCGUCUUGCCUGCUUCCGAGCGUAAAAGGGGAUCGAUUACAUCUGCCACGAGAAAGCCUGGAGAUUGCACUUGCGAGAUUGAAAGAUCAAGAAACAACUUCGCGGAAGCCCUCUCAAAGUCUGAAGAACCUUGCAAAGGAUGAGUAUGAGACCAACUUCGUUUCGGCUGUGGUGCCUUCUGGUGAGAUUGGUGUGAAGUUUGAUGAUAUAGGUGCUCUUGAAGAUGUGAAGAAGGCACUGAAUGAACUUGUAAUUCUUCCAAUGCGAAGGCCCGAGCUAUUCUCUCACGGGAAUUUGUUGCGGCCUUGUAGAGGAAUAUUACUUUUUGGGCCUCCUGGGACUGGGAAAACUCUUCUAGCCAAGGCACUUGCUACCGAAGCAGGAGCAAACUUCAUCAGUAUAACCGGAUCGUCACUUACAUCUAAGUGGUUUGGUGACGCUGAAAAGCUUACAAAGGCCCUUUUCUCCUUUGCCAGUAAACUAGCUCCUGUGAUCAUUUUUGUUGAUGAGGUUGACAGUUUACUCGGUGCUCGUGGCGGUGCUCUUGAGCAUGAAGCUACAAGAAGAAUGAGAAAUGAGUUUAUGGCAGCAUGGGACGGGUUGCGGACAAAGGACAGCCAACGGAUUCUUAUCCUUGGUGCAACGAAUCGGCCAUUUGACCUAGAUGAUGCCGUCAUUCGAAGACUACCCAGAAGGAUAUACGUAGACCUUCCGGAUGCUGCAAACCGAAUGAAGAUUCUUAAAAUAUUUCUUGCACAUGAAAAUGUAGUACCUGAUUUCCAGUUUGAUGAACUUGCAAAUGCAACUGAGGGGUACUCUGGCAGCGAUUUAAAGAACCUCUGUGUUGCUGCAGCGUAUAGACCUGUCCAAGAACUUUUAGAAGAAGAAAAUCAGGGAGGUCGAAAUGACGGUGCUACGACCUUGAGGCCGCUUAAUUUGGAUGACUUUAUUCAGUCAAAGGCUAAGGUCGGACCAUCAGUUGCCUUCGACGCGGCGAGCAUGAACGAGUUAAGAAAAUGGAACGAACAGUAUGGAGAAGGUGGCAGCCGGAGUAAAUCGCCCUUCGGCUUUGGAAACUAAGGUUCUUCAUCGGUGUGAUUAGGGCAAAGGAAAAUGCGGGGCCUGUCCAUGUCUGCAGAUUGAGCGUUGAGAAAUGGCGACACGGCGCUCAUCUGAGAAGCUCAAAAGCGGAAUCGUCGGCGCACGAUGCGGCGGACUGGGCGGGGAAUCGGCGACUGUUGCGCGAAAAUGAUUCGUACGUUGGAGCUUUUUGGUUGAACUAUACCAUCAAAUCUGAAACGGAAUCAUGAACUGCCCCACGACCUGCUCUGCUACCUCUUUCUCUCUCUCUCUCUCUCUCUCUCUCUCUCUUUUAUUCAUUCAUUCAUGAACCCUACAAUUUAGCUUCUUUCACUUUCAUAUACCUUUCAUUUUUAUUUCUUGGUAUGCUCUGAUUGGUACUUAUUUCAAUGAAUUUCAUUCUCUGGUA